GGUUGGGAUAAAAAUGUUAGAAUGUUUAGACUAAGACAAACAUUUAUGACAGAGGCCAAAAUCAGCUAGUCUGUUGAAGGGAACGCAUCGACUUUAAGCACCGUCGUCUCUAGGGAUAUCCUCGGUUUUACUAGCAACGGAACUUACAAAAUGGCUACCCGCGGUCCUUCAUAUGGGAUGAGCGCUCAAGUCGCUGCUAAGAUCGGUGCUAAACGUGAUCCUCAACAAGAAGCAGAAGUGCAGGAGUGGAUUGAGACAUUAACAGGUGAAAAGUUCCCAUCAGACUAUGCUGAAUCAUUAAGAGAUGGCAUCAUUCUCUGCAAGUUGGCCAAUACAUUGGUCCCUGGCUCAGUUAAGAAGGUCAAUACAAACAAAACACAAUCUUUUAAGCUGAGGGAAAACAUUGAAAAUUUCCAGAAAAUGGCUAAAAAUUAUGGUGUUCCUGAAACCGAUGUUUUCCAGGUAGUAGAUUUGUUUGAGAAAUCCAAUAUUUCCCAAGUCACCCAAUGUAUCUGUGCUGUUGGACGCUUGGCGCAAACAAAGCCUGGCUACACCGGCCCAGCCUUGGGUCCCAAGCAGUCAGCAGAAAAUGUCCGUGAAUGGACUGAAGAACAACUGUUAGCACAGAAACAAAUGAAAGGAGAGAUUGGUCUUCAGAUGGGUCAAAACAAAGGAGCCUCACAAGCUGGUCAGAACUUUGGAUUAGGAAGACAAAUCAACUACACAGAGCCACAAUAAGUAUGAACAACAUCCCUAUUACCGUAAAGGUGGACAACAGACAAACAUAUUAUUCUCAAGUACCUUUCAAAAUUGCAUGUCAUUGUCAUGGAAACAAAAUGUAUAACUAAAUUACAUAGGAUUUUAUUAUGAGAUAAAAAAAACAUGAAUGAAUAUUUAGUGCCAAACUAACGAUAAAGAAAUGAUUGUUCAGUCAUCUGCAUUGUUUCGUCUUUGCAUUUUUUUUGGCUCUUCAGCCAACCUAUCAUUAGACUUAUGACCAUAGAGGGCGCUGUUAUGCUUAUAGCCUGCUCUUUAUUUUGACGACUUCUUCAAUAACUUAGUCUGUAUAAAUUCCAACAAAAUGACAUUUUGAAAGCGAGAACAUUUUUACGAACAUUUUUACAGUCCAAGAUAGAUUUAUUUGGCAAUCCAAGAGGAACAUAGACAAUGCUUUUAUAAAAUUGGCAGUCUCAUAAUUGGUCGUUUAAUAAAGUUAUGUUUUAGAUUA